AUGAAUACUGAAAUAACUACAGUUCUUGCUAAAAAGAUCAAGCAUCAAAUGAUAAGUGGGAGAGUUACUAUACCAGAUUAUCAUAAAGAAACAGACAAAGCAUCGAGUUCUGAUGUCAGUACACCAGAACCUUCCUUUGAUGAAAGCUUCUUCUUUAUUGAUGAAGAUGUUACUUCCCAGACUGAUAAUAAUAUCGACGAUGAUACUGAUGAUAAUGAAGAGCGCCAGAUUAUAAAGAAAAAUAUUAGAGGAUAUAGACGUAAAGAAUUUUUUAUGGAUGGUGAAUGGGAUGAGAUGAUCAAGGAUUUUAACAAUUAUGUAAAUUUAAGUGAUUUGGAAGAUGAUCAUAAGAUGCCCUUCUAUAAACUUAUGGACAAAAUUGCUGAGUAUCAAGGCCUUUCAAUUUUCAUAAUUAUUAACAAUUUUAAAUUAAAUAGUGCGUACACUCAUCAACAUUUACGAUUGUCUGAAGCUUUAUUUGGAAGCAAUUUUACAAAUAUAAUCACAAAGGGGAUAUUGACUCUUGAUCAAACCUAUCAUUACGAAGAAGUUGAGAUCCAAGGUUUUGCUUCGUCUAUGAUCACCAACUUGAAAAAAAGCCCACCGACAGAAGCUUAA